UCUGGUCCUGGAAUUCUUGGGUAUUCUCUAUGGUUUCAGGGCCGAGCGGCGCUAAGAGAAGGCGGGACAGAGGAAUGGGAAAUGACGUAAGGAUUGCGGAGGGGCGCGAGGUUUCAAGAUGGCGGUAGCUGAAGGGUUGACCGAGAGACCGAGUUGAAGGCCCUUACGAAGUGAAAGAGGCCGAGAAUCGCCUCCUGCCCGCUUCUCCUAGUCCUGGGAGCACAGCAGAAGUGUUUUUCUUUUUUUAAUGAACAAGUAAACCAUACAAAUUGUCAACAUGGGACGGAGAUCUACAUCAUCCACCAAGAGUGGAAAAUUUAUGAACCCCACAGACCAAGCCCGAAAAGAAGCCCGGAAGAGAGAAUUAAAGAAGAACAAAAAACAGCGCAUGAUGGUUCGAGCUGCAGUUUUAAAGAUGAAGGAUCCAAAACAGAUAAUCCGAGACAUGGAGAAAUUGGAUGAAAUGGAGUUUAACCCAGUGCAACAGCCACAAUUAAAUGAGAAAGUACUGAAAGACAAGCGUAAAAAGCUGCGUGAAACCUUUGAACGUAUUCUACGACUCUAUGAAAAAGAGAAUCCAGAUAUUUACAAAGAAUUGAGAAAGCUAGAAGUAGAAUAUGAACAGAAGAGGGCUCAACUUAGCCAAUAUUUUGAUGCUGUCAAGAAUGCUCAGCAUGUGGAAGUGGAGAGUAUUCCUUUGCCAGAUAUGCCACAUGCUCCUUCCAACAUUUUGAUCCAGGACAUUCCACUUCCUGGUGCCCAGCCACCCUCUAUCCUAAAGAAAACCUCAGCCUAUGGACCUCCAACUCGGGCAGUUUCUAUCCUUCCUCUUCUUGGACAUGGUGUUCCACGUUUGCCCCCUGGCAGAAAACCUCCUGGCCCUCCCCCUGGUCCACCUCCUCCUCAAGUUGUGCAGAUGUAUGGCCGUAAAGUGGGUUUUGCCCUAGAUCUUCCCCCUCGUAGGCGAGAUGAAGACAUGUUAUAUAGUCCUGAACUUGCCCAGCGAGGUCAUGAUGAUGAUGUUUCUAGCACCAGUGAAGAUGAUGGCUAUCCUGAGGACAUGGAUCAAGAUAAGCAUGAUGACAGUACUGAUGACAGUGAUACCGACAAAUCAGAUGGAGAAAGUGACGGGGAUGAAUUUGUGCACCGUGAUGAUGGUGAGAGAGACAACAAUGAAGAAAAGAAGUCAGGUCUGAGUGUACGGUUUGCAGAUAUGCCUGGAAAAUCAAGGAAGAAAAAGAAGAACAUGAAGGAACUGACUCCUCUUCAAGCCAUGAUGCUUCGUAUGGCAGGUCAAGAAAUCCCUGAGGAGGGACGGGAAGUAGAGGAAUUUUCAGAGGACGAUGAUGAAGAUGAUUCUGAUGACUCUGAAGCAGAAAAGCAAUCACAAAAACAGCAUAAAGAGGAAUCCCAUUCUGAUGGCACAUCCACUGUUUCUUCACAGCAGCAGGCUCCGCCACAGUCUGUUCCUCCUUCUCAGAUACAAGCACCUCCCAUGCCAGGACCACCACCUCUUGGACCACCACCUGCUCCACCAUUACGGCCUCCUGGGCCACCUACAGGCCUUCCUCCUGGUCCACCUCCAGGAGCUCCUCCAUUCCUGAGACCACCUGGAAUGCCAGGACUCCGAGGACCCUUACCCCGACUUUUACCUCCAGGACCACCACCAGGCCGACCCCCUGGCCCUCCCCCAGGUCCACCUCCAGGUCUGCCUCCUGGUCCCCCUCCCCGUGGACCCCCACCAAGGCUACCUCCCCCUGCACCUCCAGGUAUUCCUCCACCUCGUCCUGGCAUGAUGCGCCCACCUUUGGUGCCUCCCCUUGGACCUGCCCCCCCUGGGCUGUUCCCACCAGCUCCUUUGCCAAACCCUGGGGUUUUAAGUGCCCCACCCAACUUGAUUCAGCGACCCAAGGCGGAUGAUACAAGUGCAGCCACCAUUGAGAAGAAAGCCACAGCAACCAUCAGUGCCAAGCCACAGAUCACUAAUCCCAAGGCAGAGAUUACUCGAUUUGUGCCCACUGCACUGAGAGUACGUCGGGAGAAUAAAGGGGCUACUGCUGCUCCCCAAAGAAAGUCAGAGGAUGAUUCUGCUGUGCCUCUUGCCAAAGCAGCACCCAAAUCUGGUCCUUCUGUUCCUGUCUCAGUACAAACUAAGGAUGAUGUCUAUGAAGCUUUCAUGAAAGAGAUGGAAGGGCUACUGUGACAGCUUUUGAUGCCAGAACAGGCUUCUGUUCACAACAGUGGCCCAUGGAGAAAGAGGCUCUUAUUAAACUUAGACGAAAGAGCUGCUUCCAUUGUCAGGGUAUUUUCUAACUUCAGUUCAAGGAAUAUCCUAAAAUUUAGCCUUGUUCAGAAUUUACUGCACAUAAAAGAGGGUAUUUCAUCCAGAAUAGAUCAGUUAUUGAAGCAGUGCUGCUAACAUCCAUUCCCUUUCACACACCACCAUUUUCACCCUGUUUCUUCCCCUCCUCCAGUUCUUUGGAAAUUUGUGAUCAGGGGGAUCUUAGUUGCUUAUUUGUUUUGACUCUCUUGUGUGCUAUGGGCACUGGAGUAGAGAUUUCUGGAAAAAAAAGUUUAUUUCAUCUUGCCUUUUGUGUUUGAGUUAUUUUUAAUAUUUUCCUGUAAAUAUUUUGUAAUAUUUUACUUGUAAUGAAAUGGAUCACAAUGUCAUUUCCUAAUACAAGGCAGGAUAUGCGGGAAGAAAAUGUACAAUUAUUUGAUUAAAAUUAUUUCCCACUGACCUAAACUUUCAGUGAUUUGUGGGAAAAAUAAAUAAAUGUUCUACACCAA